GAGUCCACGUCACGGGGCCGUUUAGCAACAGAUGAGCGUCGUUGUCGCCUGUGUUCGUGUGUGUCCACGGGAAGACUUGGUGUAAUGUGUGUUUUGUCGUCCCAGCCGUGACUUUCCGUGUGGAUCGCUGCUCGCCAUGGAUGUCCUCUGGGUCACACCGCUGCUCCUCAUCCCGCUCCUGAUGUGGACCAGCAGCACGUUUGUCUUCUAUUUCAAAAAGUGCUUUUACGUGGCCUGGAUGAUGGUGUUGGCCCUGGUUACGAUUCCGCUUUGUAUAGUGAAAAGCGGCGGCAGGGAUAUUGAAAACAUGAGGAUUGUCCGUUUCAUGGUUCGUCAUGUCAAAUAUUUCUUGGGGCUUCGAUUCGAAGUGAGCGGUUGGGAGCAUCUGCAGACAGAGGGACCCUAUGUCAUCAUCUCCAACCACCAGAGCUCUCUGGAUGUUUUGGGCAUGAUGGAGAUCUUACCAGACCGUUGCACUAUGAUUGCCAAAAAGGAGCUGGUCUAUGCCGGUACAGUCGGUCUCAUUUGCUGGCUGGGUGGCAUUGUCUUUAUCAAUCGCAAGAAGACAAGCGAUGCCAAGAGUGUCAUGGCUGAUGCUGCAAAAACUAUGUUGGAUGACCAGAUUCGGCUCUGGGUGUUUCCAGAGGGUACACGGAACCAGAAAGGUGACCUCCUGCCCUUCAAAAAGGGAGCCUUCCACCUAGCAGUGCAGGCGCAGGUUCCCAUCAUACCUGUCGUGUUUUCCUCUUACGGCAACUUCUACCUGCGGAAAGAAAAGCAGUUCAACUCAGGGACCAUCAGAUUGAAAAUCUUGCCCAAGAUCGAGACAAAGGGGAUGAUGUCGGAGGACGUGUCCUCACUGACCGACAAAUCCUUCAAGCUGAUGCGCUCUGCCUUCCUGGACAUCUCAGAUUCUGUAACCCAGAGCAAUGGGCCCAUGAGCCAGUGAACACUGAUGGAAACGCACUCCCUCCUCUGCUCCCCCACUUCCCCCGUCUGAGACCCCGCUCCUUACCCCACACUCCCCCCCCCACCUCCCACCCAUCCUCUCCCCCAGGGUGUCUCAUCGCCUGGCCCGGAAACAACAUGACACAGGUCUGAGUCCUGAACUCUUCUGGUCUUGUUGGCGCCCGGUCCAGCGCGCCUCUGGCCUGAGCACACAGCACAGUAAGUCCCGACCCUCACUGUGUCUGCGGCAGCGUCGGACGCGGCGCUGCUCUGCGCGGCGUGAGCGGAGUGACGGACAGCAAGCCAAGCAGCGAGGACACGUGUCGUUCGUCAUGCAUGCCUUUUUUGGACGACUUCGUCCCUGCUUUGUGAUACUGUCUUACAUGAUCCUGUUUUUGGGCAUUUUUCAGCGCUUCUCAUCCCGCGCGCUGUUCAGAUAAACUUUCUUUUCUUUGAAUAAAUGCCGGCGGAUGUUUUUUUUUCUUGGACAGCUGAUCCCGCGCGUCUUCCUGCUUUAUCUUUUAUCCCGUUCUCUCUUUUCAGCAUUCCUUUGUCUUGUUUAAAGUCUAACAUUGUCCGUGGGUGGGGCUCCGAUUCUUUAGUUGAGUCUCUGAAAUUUACACUUUAUCCGUAUUUGCUGUUAAACUCAGUGACCAACACAACAUAAUAUGAAACGGCGAAGGAUUUAAGAUGACUCGUGAGUGUAUAACAUUACUACCCGUCUGUGCUGCAUCGUUGGACUGCACGGUUUUUCGUGUUGUGCACUAGUGACAUUUCAUUGUGCCCCCCCCCCCCCCCCCCCCCCAGUUUGUCAUUCAGAUGGAUGGAAAAAUAACAAACAUAAUUCUGGCUGUUAAUCUCUAUCUACUCUUGUUCUCCAACAAAAACACUCUUUUUAGAACCUGUUGACACAUUUUGCUACUUAGAAGGAAUGUUAAUCUGAAUCUAAUGACCGUGCACCACGCGCGCUACCUGCUGUGCCAUGUCGACCUGCUUUCAGUAUGUUUUUGUUACAGAACCGAUCACCAUGACCUUCUUAAAGCUACAGUGUGUAGGGUUUAAAGGUGUUUAUUAGCGGAAAUGGAAUAUAGCAUUCAUGAACAUCUGUUUAUUGGUAUAUAAUCUAUUGAUGAACAUCUGUUUAUUGGUAUAUAAUUAUCUUCAACAGUGAAUCAAUGUGUUUUCAUAAGCUCAAUGGAAGCCGCCAUGUUGCAGCACUUUAUUGGUACAGUAGACCAGAAAGGACAUACUGAGUCUUCCUUUUGCAUUUUGUAGAACAGCUCGAAGAUUGUGGGCAUGGGGCUGUUGGGGUGUUGAGGUCAAGUAAUCGGUGGUUGCUCCUUUAUACACUGUCUACUGGUUGCUAGUGCAGGCUAAGAAGUUUAAGAACCCUCCUUUUUGUCAAAUGGAGGAUUGUAAAUAUUUCUGAUCAUGAGAAAGCAAGAGAGCGUGAUUCCCCAUCACCGAAGAAGACAGCAAAUCUUGAAUGGUGAUGGCACGAUGCAAUCUGCAAAAUCACCACUAGAUGGCACUAAAUCCUACACAUUGUGGCUUUAACCAACCUCUGAUUUCAGUUGACCAGGGACAGAAUGUCAGGGUACGAAUUUACUAUAGGGAGGAAGAGUAGAAUUGUGUAGUUGUGAGUUGAUUUGGCUCUUACGUAUUGUUUGAUUUGAUCCUUUGUUUUCCCAGAUAACUUGAACAUUACCUAAUCACUGACUAACGUAUCUGACAGUGUUAUAGUACAAGAUAAAGGGGGUGUGGCUACAGCUACAUAACAUUUCCUUCGUGCUUCAACGUGCUGAGUGGUGACAGCAGAACCCAGUGGCAUGAACAGUGUAUUGUGGUACUACUACUGUUACUGCCACUAUUAUUAUUAAGCCAGUGACAUCAUGUGGUGAUGAUCUUUAUGUUUGCUUUUUUUAUAUAAAACACACAAGAUCUGCUGGGAGUUCCUCCAUGAUUUAAAAUGGCAACACAAGUUCAAAUUUGUUAGAUACGUUUUAAUGGAAGCUCUCAUAAAAUAGUAGUAGUACAAUACAUUGUUCACCACAGCAUGGCGCUAAUUUGGUUCAGCCAUAGCUGCUCAGUGUGACGGAGCAUCACUGUGCGGAAAUGUCUCGUACUUGGAGCCACAGCCACUUGCGAUACGAGUCUCAUGACUGUGGCCACAUCCGACAAAAGGAUGCCCCUAUUCAAUAGAAAACUACUGAAAACCUUUUUGUUUUUUGUUUUGUGUUUACAAAUAAGAUGUGAAAUGAAAGUGAAUUGUCUUUUA